AUGACAUUCAGAUAUAAAAGACACUUGGAUCGUCAUUUGGAAGGUCAUCAGAAAAAUAACUGCCCUCAUUGUAAUGAAAAAUUUGCUAGACGAAAGCAUUUAGAUGUCCAUUUAUUUCGUGCGCAUGGAGAAAGGGUGAUCAGGCAUCCUCAUUUGUGCGACGUAUGUCCGAAAAGUUUUCCCAAACGCAUCCUUUUGAACCGUCAUAGAGCAAAGCAUACCUAUCAAAAUGGCAAGGUAUGUUCGGAUUGUGGAGAUAUGAUAAACAUGGAUGCAGAUGAAAAAGAGCAUAAGGAAAAUCACUGUAAGAAAAGGCAAUUCAAGUGCCAACAAUGUUUGCAAACAUUUAGUAUCAAGCAGACAUAUAUAGCUCACAUUCAGAAUCAUGAUAACUAUAAGUGUCCACACUGUGAUAUUACUUUUGCAUCGAAGAAGAAAGCACAUGAACAUUUUAAAGCAGUUCAUAUCCCAAAAUUAAGCGAGCAAGAAUCGGCAAAUGGUCCAUAUUUUUGCGCUGAUUGCAGACACUCCUUUGCAAAAAAAGACGACUAUUUUCGACAUUUGGAGUCUGCAUUACAUCUUAAUAAAGUUAACAAAGAUAUACCUAUAAGAGCUAUAUUCUCCUGCGCAAUCUGUUCUAAAAAAUUAAUUACACAAAGAGCUCUGGAUCAACAUGUCAGACGUAUUCACAAAGGCGCAAAGCGAUUUGUUUGUAAUAUAUAUGGGUGUACAUUUCAGUGUGCCAGAAGGACAGAUCUAGAUAGGCACAAACAACUACAUGUAGAAGAGCGAAAUGUUGUAUGUGAGCAUUGUGGCAAAACGUUUACCAGUGUCAGCAUCCUCAAGGAUCAUGUACUUUAUAUUCAUAGUAAAGAGCGACAAUUCAUCUGUGAAGAAUGUGGCAAAGCAUUUAAGAGAAACAGCUUAUUGAAUAGACAUAAAUUGUCGCACGAGCAACAUCGACCGUUUGCCUGUAUGCAAUGUAACACUGCGUUCAAACGCUCGCACCAUCUCACUCGUCACAUGGAAAGCUGUCAUAGAAUCACAUUGGAAAAAAAGAAAAAGGUGGUAAAACUCAUGAAAACAAAGGAUGGUCAUCUUGUACCAGUGCCAGAUAAACCAAACAGAUCAGAAACUAAUAAAGUAAAAGCCGAAAAAGGAUGUGAAUCAAUUGCAAAUAAUAAAGAGAAAGAUUGUCCUGCUACAAAUGUAAAGAAAGAGGCUGCAAAUGCUAAUUCGCAACUGGAAAUACAACCAUCAUUAAAUCCUGAAGAAAACUCUGAAUGUCCGAACUUAUCAUUAGAAUCUACAAAUUUAUCUAUUAUUGAGUCUAUUCCACAAGUUUUCUCUUUAGUAGAUGUAAACACGGGACAAGUGCUUACUGUAGAAAUUACCAAUAAUUCGGAAUUGUUACCUACUAAUGAACUUGUUAAUCAACUUGGAACAAAUUGCAAUGAAAUAUUAAAUUUGCCCGAUUAUCCAGAUACAGAAUUUCAAAAUAGUCUUCUAAAUAUCGAUCAAAUGUGUUAUGACAAUACAAAUUAUUCAGAAAUGUCAUUGGAAAAUAUUGAAGGUUCGUUUCCACUUCUGAAUCAAAGUUCUGAUCAAUUAAGCGCUAGUUAA